AUCUGCAGCUCCAAGCACCUCCCGCAGCGGCUGGGCAUCGACUCGGUGGUGUGCGUCGCGGUCAACGACGAGUUCGUGAUGGAGGCCUGGGGCAAGGGCUACCACGCCCAGGACAAGGGCCUUCUGAUGCUGGGCGACGGCGACGGCAGCUUCACCCGCGCGCUCGGGCUCGACCAGGAGCUCGAGGGCAUGGGCCGCCGCGGCCGCCGCUUCUCGGCCUACGUCGACGACGGCGUCGUGCGGGUGCUCAACAUCGAGGCGCCCGGACCCAUGUCCUACAAGGUCUCCGGGCCGGAGAACAUGCUGCGCCUCCUCCACGCCCCAGCAGUAAUCAUUCAAACUUUAAUAAAUAAGAAAUAA